GACCCAGCUUUCUCUUGCAGUGAAGAGAUUUGACAGGUAUGAGAGGUUUCUUCGGAAGCCAUGCUGUGCUCUGGAUAACAAGCUGCUGUUUUUUCCAGAUAUGCCAUGAUGCUUCUUCUUCUCGAUAAAACCUGAGGUACAGUUUCACAAACUAUAUUGCAUCUGUUUUCCUUUAAAGUACACAAAUAUUACUUUUUCCAGGAACCACACCAUGAGUCUCAACUUGACAGAUGAUGAAUUAGUCAAUAUGACAACGUCUGAUCUUCGGCUAUUGCUAGAACAAAAUCGUGUAACUGCUGAAGAACACAAAGAACUACGUAAUCGCAGACGUCGUCUACAAAAUAGACGGUAUGCUCGAAAAUGUGCCAGCAAAAAGCAAUCUGAAGUGGACAGACUAACUACUGAAGUUCAAGAGGAGGUUGUUGAAAUUCGGGCACUGAGAGACCAACUCUCACGAACUAAUCUGGCAACAAAACAAAUCGAGCAUCAGUUAAGACGAAUACUGGAGUUCAAAGAGAAUUGUCUACAGGGUGAAGACAAAGAAUUUCAACUUAAAACUAUUCGUAUGCUGCAUCCCAACGGGCAAUCAGUUGGACUGGCGUAUGUUAAUCCUGCCUCCUCAUGCUGCUAUAGCAGUAGCAGCACUCCUGAAAUCCAUGAAGGCUACCGCUGCUACCCAACAGAAAAGUAUCCUGAUGCUACUAAAGAAAUCUCGACGUCUUCUGGUUAUCAUUCUCCAGCGAUACGAUUCCCUAUGCAAAAGUCUGUAUUGGAAGAACGACAGCACUAUUAUUCUGCCGGUUAUCAUCCACGUCAACCGUCUACACCUUCUCGGUUGACUUCAGGUCCUGGUUUUCCUGGUACUACUGCUACUGCUACUGCUACUACAUCAAGCGGAUGUGUUCGCCUCCCGUGUAAACCACCGUGUCACUUUAGAAAUCAUCUGGAAAUGCGUCUUGUCCGACCAGUAGGCGGAGGUUUCACAUCACAUGGAAGAGGACUGUCAGAGUACUAACUUCUUUUAACUAACGAUCAUCAUUUGCCUUUUACGCAUAUUUUUCUCCUACUCUGCUCUACUCUACUCUACUCUACUCUGAGUAGUGUAUUUUAUUAUCAUUAUUAUUAUUAUUAUUAUACAGAAUAAUCUAUCAGCGCAUGCAUGCAUGCAUGCAUGUGUGUGUGUAUGUGCGCGCGCGCGCUUUGUUUCGAUUUCAACAAUAACUUUCAUCAUAUAUUCUCAAAAAUUCACUGUGAUCUCUCGGAUGUGUGAUGUUGUGUAUGUACUCCUCCCUUUUUCUUUUCUUUUUUUAAACAAAAAAAUCCCUUUUUGUCGGU